AUGUACAUAUCACCGCCAGACUAUGCGAGAGUCUUCCAGGAGAUCAAGAGGACUUCCUCCUCGCAUUCGACAUGCAAACUAAUCAUCUUUGUCUCGUGUCUUGAUAUUGAUAGCAUUUGCACGGGGAAAAUCUUAAGCAUUAUUUUUAAAAAAAAUUUAAUCCAAUAUCAAUUAAUUCCAGUGGUGGGUUAUACUGAUUUGAAAAACCAUUAUUCGAAGUUAGACGCCGAGAUUUCCAAUGUUAUAUUGAUAGGGUGUGGCGCUAUGUUGGAUCUAGAAAGCUUUUUUGACAUUAAUUCCAAUGAUUAUAUUAUUGAUGAUUUACCUCCAGAUAUUAAUUCUUUAAGCCAUGAUUUACAAAACGAUCCCAUAUUCAAUUUAAAGAAAUUGAAAAGAAAAAUUUUCAUUCUUGAUGGUCAUAGACCUUGGAAUUUAGAUAAUCUAUUCGGUUCAAAUAUGAUUGUUUGUUUCGAUGAUGGUUAUAUUGAUUCUAGUUUAACGAAUGAAAAAGAAUCUUAUGAAAAAUUAUGUGAUGCGGAAGAAGUGUCGUCCGAAGAAAGUGAAGAAAGUGAAGAAGAAGAAGAGGAAGAAGAAGAAGAAAUUACAAUACUCUCCGAUGAUGAAACGUCAAAUCGUAAACGUCAAAAAAUUGAAGAUCAACUGAAAACUUUAAAACGUCAACGUAGAAAAAAUAUUUCGAAAUGGGAAGAUGAUAUCUCGUCUUAUUAUAAUCAAGGUACCACUAUAAUAACAUCAACAACCGCUACAAUUUAUGCACUACUUGGUUCGAUUGGUGAAGCAAAUAUCGAAAAUUUAUGGCUUUCUAUAAUUGGUACUUCCUCUUUAGAUAAUCAUUAUCCAGAAGUUUACGAUAAAAUUCAACCCCUUUUCAAAGAUGAAGUUAUAAGAUUGAAUCCUUUUAAUAAUCCUCAAUUAGUAACUGAUAAUAAAACCGCUGAUACUACCACUUUAUCAAUUGAAAAAGAUUAUCACUUAUUUUUAUUACGUCAUUGGACUUUAUAUGAUUCAUUUUUCUAUUCUUCUCAUGUAAAUUCAAAAUUAAAUUUAUGGACAGAAGAUGGUAAAAAACGUUUACAUAAAUUAUUUGCUAAAAUGGGAGUAUCAUUAUCAAUUGCUCAACAGAAAUGGCUUUAUAUGGAUAUUAAUAUCAAGAAAAAACUACCAAUAAUAUUUGCAGAAUAUUUACCAAGCUAUGGGUUAGAAGGUAUUGUAAGAGAUGGUUUCAUUAGAACUUUUGGUUUUGCAGGUCAAUUAUCAGCAAUGGAAUGUGUUGAAUCGUUAACUGCUCUACUCGAGUGUGAUAAAAGAUUAUUAGAAGAUACUAAUAAUACUAAUAAUACUAAUAAAAUUAAUGAUGACAAUGAAACAACAAACGAUGAUGACGAUAUUAAUUCAAAAAUAGCUGAAAAAGAAAAAAUAUGGGUAAAUAAUUUUUGGUCUUCUUGGGAUGCAUUAAGUAUGAAUAAUGGCUCUUCAAAUAAUAUAAAAAAAUUAAACUCAUCAAUGAAUAACUCAAUUUCAAAUUUUAAAAAAUUAAAGGGACUUGAUUUACUUCUACAAGGUUUAGAUCAUGCAAAACAAAUUCAACAAAUUAUUUUCAAAACCGGUAUGUCAUUAUUAGAAAGAAAACUAAUAAAAAAUUUAAGACUUUAUAGAUUAUGUGUUUUAAACGAUGGAUCAAUUCCCGAUUUGAAUAUCUUUAAUAAUCCUUUAAUUCUAUCUAAAUUAGGUUCUUGGUUAUUGGAAAAUAUAACAGAACUUGAAUUCAGUAAUUUCGAUGAAAAUAAUAUCAAAUCCUUGAAACCAUUGGUUGUUGCCAGUUUGGACGUUUCAAGUGAUACCUACUUAGUCAUUGGUUUGGCCCCAAAAUAUCCAAGAGGAAUGAAUAAUGCCACCAGGGCUAGACUUUUACGUAAACAAAAGGAAAAACUAGGGGAAAAAAUUGAUAAUAACCUCAUUGAUGAGUCUACCUUGACUACUAGAUUGAACACCUUCAGUAUUGCAUUUCAAAAAACUGCUACUACUUCAGGAGCAAAAGUUAGGAUUGAUAGCUUCGAUAGUUCUGUUAUCGAAAUACGGAAGGACGACUUAUCUCCUUUCUUAGAAAAAUUAACCUUGAGUGGCUUAAUAUAG